AGCGCCUUGUGGCGCGAGGAGAUGCGAGAGGGCACCCGCCGCCUGCACCAUGCGCCCCGCGCCCGCGCUGGCCCUGGCUGCGCUCUGCCUGCUGGCGCUGCCUGCCGCUGCCGCCGCCGCCGCCGCCUACUUCGGCCUGACCGGUCGUGAGGUCCUGACACCCUUCCCAGGCCUGGGUACGGCGGCAGCCCCGGCCCAGGCUGGUGCUCACCUGAAGCAGUGUGACCUGCUGAAGCUGUCCAGGAGGCAGAAGCAGCUCUGCAGGCGGGAGCCUGGCCUGGCUGAGACCCUGAGGGAUGCCGCACACCUGGGGCUGCUGGAAUGUCAGUUCCAGUUCAGGCAGGAGCGCUGGAACUGCAGCCUGGAGGGGAGGACUGGCCUGCUCCAGAGAGGCUUCAAGGAGACGGCCUUCCUGUAUGCGGUGUCUGCAGCUGCCCUCACGCAUGCGCUGGCCAGGGCCUGCAGUGCUGGGCGCAUGGAGCGCUGUACCUGUGACGACUCCCCAGGCCUGGAGAGCCGGCAGGCCUGGCAGUGGGGGGUGUGUGGUGACAACCUGAAGUACAGCACCAAGUUUCUCAGCAACUUCCUGGGGCCCAAGAGAGGAAGCAAGGACCUGAGGGCGAGGGCUGACGCCCACAACACCCACGUGGGCAUCAAGGCUGUGAAGAGUGGCCUGAGAACAACCUGCAAGUGCCAUGGUGUGUCAGGCUCCUGUGCUGUGCGUACCUGUUGGAAGCAACUCUCCCCGUUUCGCGAGACCGGCCAGGUGCUGAAGCAACGCUAUGACACGGCUGUCAAGGUGUCUAGUGCCACCAACGAGGCCUUGGGCCGUCUGGAGCUAUGGGCCCCCGCUAAGCCAGGUGGUCCCGCCAAGGGCCUAGCCCCCCGUCCCGGGGACCUGGUCUACAUGGAAGAUUCUCCCAGCUUCUGCCGGCCCAGCAAGUACUCUCCGGGCACGGCAGGCAGGGUGUGUUCUCGAGACUCCAGCUGCAGCAGCCUAUGCUGCGGGCGAGGCUACGACACCCAGAGCCGCAUGGUGGUUUUCUCCUGCCACUGUCAGGUGCAGUGGUGCUGCUAUGUGGAGUGCCAGCAGUGUGCACAGCAGGAGCUCGUGUAUACCUGCAAGCGCUAGGCCUCCGUCAGAGUCCCACGGAACAGUGCGCAAGC